GUUGAGAAAUUACAAUGAAUCGGGUUAUUUUUAUAUCCCUGGACAUCUCCCGGUGGUAACUAUUUAAUUGUGUUCAUGUUUCGGUCUGGUCGGAUGGAAUUAUGUGUUUUUCCGUGGUGCUAUACUUAUUUUUUGUGGUGCUGGACUGUCACUGGGAAGCGGUGUCCGGGCAGCUCUCCUACUCCGUUUCAGAGGAAGUAAAAUUGGGAACCUCUGUUGGAAAUAUCGCUAAGGAUCUAAACCUCAAUGUCCAGGAUUUGGAGUCCCGUAUGUUUCAAAUUGUUUCCGGAUCAGAGAGAAAGUACUUCGAGGUAAACCUAAAGACUGGUUUUCUUUACGUCAGUGAGAGAAUAGACAGAGAGGAGCUUUGCGGGAGGAUAAUAAAAUGCACAGUCAGUGUAGAGGCCGUGAUAAAUGAUCCAUUGAAGCUUUAUCGUUUAGAAAUAAACAUUCUCGAUGUAAAUGACAAUUAUCCAUCUUUCUCUGCUAAGUCGCAAAGUAUUGACAUAGCUGAAAGCACAUUACAGGGGACAAAAUUUCUUUUGCUGUCGGCGCACGAUGCUGAUGUAGGGAAAAAUGGCAUCACUACAUACAAGUUAAAUCCUAAUGAGCAUUUUUCUUUAGCGGUGCACAAAGGAGACACCGUGUCUGCUGAGUUAGUGCUGCAGAAAGCAUUAGACCGAGAAAAACAGUCUGCGAUUAAGCUCACACUUACUGCAGUAGACGGCGGAACACCUCCCAAAUCCGGCACUUCAGAGAUAAUAAUCAAUAUUUUAGACAUUAAUGAUAACAUCCCAGUGUUUACUAAAUCAUUGUAUAAAACAACUAUCACAGAAAAUAUACCUCUUGGCAGUACAGUUUUAACUCUGUCUGCAACUGACGCUGAUGAAGGAACCAAUGGCAAGAUUUCAUACUCUUUAAGCACAAAAGAUCAGGAUCAUGUCUUGGAAAAAUUUCGGAUUGAUGAAGAAACGGGUAUACUGACAGUUAAAGGAAAUAUUGACUUUGAAGAGCACGCCGCUUUCGAAAUCCGUGUGCAGGCCAGUGACAAAGGUCAACCUCCAAUGGCAGCGCAGUGUAAAGUACUAAUCGAGGUUGUGGACAUAAAUGACAAUGCUCCUGAGAUCUCUGUCAAGUCCCUACUCGCCGCAGUGAAGGAGGACGUUAAAAUAGGAACUGCUAUUGCACUUGUGUCAGUCAUCGAUAAAGAUGGAGGCAAAAACGGAGUGGUUAAUUGUGCUGUUAACAACAACGUUCCUUUUAAACUGGAGAAAAAUUACAACAACUAUUAUUCAUUGGUAGUUGAUGCGCCACUAGACAGAGAAAGUGACUUACUGCACAAUGUCACUAUUAUAGCUACUGACGAAGGUUCUCCAUCUCUCUCUGGCAAUAGAGUUUUUACUGUACACGUUUCUGAUGUCAAUGACAACGCACCGUAUUUUCCGGAGCCCGUCAUUAAUGUUUAUGUGAAAGAGAACAAUCCAGUAGGAGCAGUAAUUAAAAAAGUGUCUGCAGCUGAUGAUGAUCUAGAUCAGAAUAGUCAGGUGAGCUAUUCAUUUUUAAAUAGUAACAGUGACUCAUUUCCGCUCUCCGCAAUGGUGAAUAUAAACACAGAGACCGGUGAAAUAGUCAGCCUGCAGUCUUUUAACUAUGAGGAGUUAAAGACGUUCCAGUUUAAAGUUCAGGCCACAGACUCUGGUGUUCCUCCUCUCAGCAGCAACGUGACUGUCAACGUUUUCAUCCUGGAUGAGAAUGACAACAGUCCCGGGAUCCUCGCGCCCUAUUCUGAGCACGGCUCCGUUAACAGUGAGAACAUUCCCUAUUCUGCUGAAGCGGGCUACUUUGUGGCCAAGAUCAGGGCUGUGGACGCCGACUCUGGCUACAAUGCGCUGCUUUCUUAUCACAUCUCUGAGCCCAAGGGGAGCAACCUGUUCCGAAUCGGAACCAGCACCGGGGAAAUCAGGACUAAGAGGCGAAUGAGUGACAAUGACCUGAAAACUCACCCGCUGGUGGUGCUGGUUUGUGAUAACGGAGAGCCCUCCCUGUCAGCUACUGUGUCUAUUGAUGUGGUGGUGGUUGAGAGCACAGCUGACAUCCAGACUCAGUUCAGACAUGUACCGAUGAAAGAGGAAAGCUUCUCCGAUUUAAACCUGUAUUUGCUGAUCGCCAUUGUGUCGGUGUCAGUGAUCUUUCUGCUGAGCCUCAUCAGUUUAAUAGCUGUGAAAUGCCACAGGACAGACGGCAGUUUCGGCAGGUACGGCGCCCCAAUGAUCACCACCCACCCUGACGGGAGCUGGUCUUACUCUAAAUCGACUCAGCAGUAUGACGUGUGUUUCAGCUCAGACACACUGAAGAGUGACGUGGUGGUUUUCCCCGCGCCGUUUCCGCCUGUAGAUGCGGAGCUUAUCAGUAUUAAUGGAGGAGACACUUUUAACAGGACUCAGACUUUACCCAACAAAGUGAAGGUAAGAAGAAAAUCUAUAUAUAUUUGA